GCCAGCGAGGACUUCUACACUGCCGCCGUUGUGGAGUUUAGUCAGGCUGAUGGAACCGAUCUUACGGCCAACCUGGCUGAUAACUUGGCGGGGUAUUUGGAGCUCAUCAACUCGCCAAAUGCCACUGGUGCGGAUAUCAUGGUCUUCCCUGAGAUGACACUCAACAACGUGAAUUCACUUACAUAUGUGCCUCCACCCGAGAAAAAUGUAACACCCUGUCUGGACGAUCCCUCGGCCGAAUACUAUGAUCCCUUCUUUGUGGAGAUCUCCUGCGCUGCUCGCAACGUCAAGAGGUACAUUGUGAUCAACAUCAAUGAGAAACAGCUCUGCUCCGAUACGCCCGAGGACACGCGUCCUUGCGCCUCUAAUGGACACAAUAUCUUCAAUACGAACGUGGUCUUCGAUCGGAAUGGGACUGUCGUCUCCAGAUAUCGCAAGGUUCAUCUUUACUUGAAUGAGGCGCGGAAUACGACAGUUCUACCGGAGGUCGUCACCUUUGACACCGACUUCAAUGUGACCUUCGGGCAUUUCAUUUG